AUGGUAAUACUUGUUCACAUACUACAUGACGGAAAUAAUAAUGAUGCCAUACACUUCCUGUCGGUAACCUGCAAAUCUUCAAUGGCCAUCUUAGAGACUGCAGUACCCACUACCUGGCUAGCUGCCAUAGAGACCGACCCGGCCUUUAAAUCCUCCGAGAUAAACAACUUCCUUGCGGGAACCUACCCUGCAUGGUACAACAGCCUCCCAGAGAGUGUGAAGCAGUACGCUACCGCCACUAUUUUGGCCGAGGUCUCCUCCGAGUAUGAGAGCGAUUUACUUCCCACAGAUAGUGUCGUGCCUCCCUCCACUACCCUAUCCGACCCUCGUCCAUCCAUCACGAGUAGUCCCUUCGGCUCGACUGCCCUGGCCUCGGCCUCUGGUACCACUUCUACCGAAAUGGGGACCACCGGUAGCAGCAGCAGCAGCAGCUCUGCGCCUAACACUACUACUUCAUUCACCGCUUCUACCUCUACCUCCAGGGCUGGUGCCCCUGCUGCCACUGGUAUGGCUAUGAGCCUACUUGGUACAGCCGGGAUCCUGGGUCUUGCCCUCGCUCUGUAG